CACUCCCUGUACCCCACGUACUGACACACAGUAACACUGUAAGAAAGAAUUGAAAUUCAAUUCAAUUCAUCGUCUGCUGUUACCUACUAAUUUUGACUUCCUUCCCCUCAAUUUCUCCUCCUUUCACAUACACAUUCUCCAUCAAUGGCGAUGCAGAUUCGAGGUAUCAACGCUGUUAUGUCGUAAUUUUAGCUAGGUAGUGUGUGAAUGCGAAACUAGACGAGAAAUCAUUUCGGAAAAUCAUACAGAGUAUCGUCUUCUAAGCUCAACCACAUUAAAUUAACGAUGGUUUUACUGAAGAGGAGGUUGAAUUGCUGUACAUGGAAAAGGGGAAUCAGCAAUAGCAUCGAUUUUGAUCAACCACCGGAAAGAAUUAUGACAUACAAUGGGCUCGAGAAUUGCAUUUUAAAUGCCAACUCAUACGAGGAUGAACGCAUUACAAAUAAACUACACAGAUCCCCAACCGAGUCACCAGAAGAAGAUAUAUCAAGUUGUUGUUCAAGCAAUAAUCCUUCCGGAUCAUUCUUUUCUCAAUGGAGUAUCAUGAAAAGGGAACAAAACGAAUUGGAUGAUUGGGACUACUCAGAGAGCCCACAACAAUAUAUUCACAAAAUGAGUCCUUCAUAUACACUUCAAUACUCAGAUAUGGAAGUCAUGAAAGAAAAAUUUGGAAAGCUUUUGUUGGGUGAAGAUGCUACAGGAGGAAGGAAUGGUGUUUCUCCUGCUUUGGCAUUGUCCAAUGCCAUAACACAUCUAGCUGGAACUGUUUUUGGAGAGCUAUGGAAACUUGAGCCAUUGGCUGAGGAGAAAAAGAACAAGUGGAGAAGAGAGAUGGAUUGGUUGCUUUCUCCAACAAAUUAUAUGGUUGAGUUGAUUCCAGCUAAGCAAUGUAGUGCAGAUGGAAGAACAUUAGAGAUAAUGACGCCAAAAGCUCGUGGAGACGUUCAUCUGAAUCUCCCAGCUCUACGAAAGUUAGACUCCAUGCUUAUUGAAACAUUGGAUUCAAUGACUGAGACGGAAUUUUGGUAUGAAGAAGGUGGUAGUCGAGCUGAAGGAAGAGAUAGGAAUGUAAAGCAAAGCAAAAGAUGGUGGCUUCCUAUGCCACAAGUGCCCAUUGGUGGCCUUUCUAAUGAUGAAAGGAAGAAAUUGCUAAAUAAGGGUAAAUUGGUCAAUCAAAUUUUCAAGGCUGCUAAAUCAAUUAAUGAAACUGUCCUGCUCGAAAUGCCGAUUCCUUCCAUCAUCGGAGAGGCACUUCCUAAGUCUGGAAAGGCAAGCCUUGGUGAGGAUCUUUAUAGGGUCCUAAACAGAGUCUCCUCAUCAUCUUCCGAUAUGAUCAACUCACUGAAUUUAAAAUCAGAAAACAGCGCUCUUGAUGCCAUUAACAGAUUGGAAGCAGCAAUACAUGCAUGGAAAGAGAAAGUCGGGGAACAUGACAGUGGUAAAUCUCCAGCAAGAACAUCAUCAUGGUCAUUUAAGGAUCCCGUUUCAGAACUUGAUAAGAUAGAGUUGUUAAUAAACCAAGCCGAAAAUCUUUCACGUGAAAUCAAGAUCAGAUUUCCCAACCUUCCACAGAAGUUUCUCGAUGUCAUGAAAAUCCAAUACGGAAAGGAUGUUGCACAUGCGAUCUUAGAAGCUUAUUCUCGUGUUCUUGGAAACUUGGCAUUUAGUAUUCUAACAAGAAUAGGAGACGUCUCUCAAGAAGACAUGUUAAGCAAUCCCGAUUCCUCAAAUGAAACAAAUAGGGGGGAAACUAUUUCUAUACCUAGUUCAAAUACAAAGGCUUCAAGCCACACACUAAUUGAUAAAAUGGAUAACAUAGAAGGGAAGAUGAAUUUUUUAAAAACAGAAGAGGAUUCUCAUGUUAUAUUUUUAAGCGAGUAAUCUUAGAAACCUUUUGUUUUUGUAAAUGAUGUUAUAUGUUUAAUGAACUACAAAUCUAUGGUUAAUAGUUUUUACUUUA